AUGACGUCACGGAUAGAAGUGCAACCGCGAAUGUGCGCUUGUUCUUGAUGAGCUAGGCAUAGAGUUUCUCACUACAUUACCUAGAGGGAAAUCUGGCGCUGCUGCGCUGUGGUAUGCAUGGGAAUGCUGGUAUAUUGUGGAUUCGGAUUGGCAUCGUUCUCGUAGAGACAGGACACCUUGAAGACGCGCUUCGCAAGUACCGUUCCGUCUGUCACAAUGAUUCAUUUUCUACUAGAAAAGCACAUGAAAAGCUGUUUUAGCUUUAUUAUUACGUGAAAACAUGUUUUGUUUAACUAUGAGAACUUGUUAUUGUGUGUACGACUACAUCUUACGUAAAAAGUAUCAGCGGGCCGCUAAAGUUGGAGGAGAGACGACAAGGUUCGCGCUCGCUUUGAAACAGUUGGUCGUCUGUUCUUGCUUUUCUUCGCUUGGUCAUGCAUCGUGGGUGAGUCAAGAUGUAAUAUGCGUGAAUGGAAACAUUUUAUGAAGAUUUUACUUUGAGAACGCGCUAUUUGCGUAGCCAUAUCCACAUUUUAGACGAAGCCUCUUACAACACCAGCCAACACGAGCCUCGCAGACACAUAUACCGUCAUUCCCAUGACGGCACGGUGCCCCCUUAAGAAACUCCCAUAGACGGUGGCGCCAGAUUACCCUCUAGGUGUUAUAGUGAGAAACUCUAUGGAGCUAGGUAAAUCAUCACGCUGGAUAGAUAUAAUCAAAAGCACCUCUGAAUUAUCACGUUUUCUUUUUUUGCUUAACAAAAAAGGAAUAUAAAUAUUUUCUAUUUUCUUACAGAGACCUGCAUGACAGUGCUUCCUCUGCAGAGCAUGGAAAACGCAGUAUCCACGGUCACUUUAAAGCAGAUGACAUGCGACUAGUAUGAAAAUGCCAAAUUAAGGGCACUUUGUUUAUGCCGAACAGCACAGCGAUUACACUUUCAGUGUUUUGCUUUCCGACAGGCGAGCACGAAAUCAGAUUACUUACUGCUCCGCUAACUAGAACUGGCGCAAAUUGUUGACCUUCACGAUAUAUGUUGGUUACGAUCGAGAUCAGGUUCCGUGCUCGUCCAGGCUUGCUUUCAGUAGAAUAUCACAAGCUUCGUAGUCGCGUGAUUAUGUUAUCGUCCACAUCUCCUAAAACUAAAAAAAAAAAUGCUUUCAAAGAUGCAAUAGACGGUUCCACACUACAUUUUAAAAUGUACCAUAAUGCCAAUAUACUCACAUCGAUGUACUCGAUGCACAACUCCUUCGAAAUUGUUCACUUUCGUGCGUUCCUUAUACCACGCUUGCUGGGAGCUAUGUUUAUAUAUUGUUGGACCGAACUAUCGUUAGUCGAUGUUCACAAAUGGACUUACGAAAAUUCUAUGUACACAUAUAGCUUCCGUGUCCUCUCAGUCUCAGAUGUCAGCUGGUCUGCGUCGUCUGCAACGCACGCUGCUUGUAUGCCUGCUGGGAUUGAAGAGCGGUGCCUCAGCUGCACUUCGCCAACAUUUAUACGAAGGAAAAGAAAAAAGGGGAAACGUGAGGUGGUGUUCAGAUAAUAGAACUUGUUUACCGAGGACGCUCGGCGCACCAAAGCAUACCUGUAGUCUAGUGACUAAUUCGGUAUUGCAAGCACUGCUUGCAUGUAGACUCCCUACGGUGAUGAUGCAAUGCUGCUUCACCCUUUGCAACGGGUAUUUAUGUCGAUUGCACGCUCUAGCCAUUAAAAAAAAAGAAAAAAAAACGCAAAACUAAGUAUAAAUAAAUAAACAGAACAGUAAACAAACAACCCGCAAAAGGGGAGAGAAUAGUUUAAGGCGUGUCGCCCCAUCUAUGUGACAAGCACAAUACUAUGUUGUAGCCUUUGAGAUUCGCGUGCAGCCCAUACUGCAAUCCUAGAGGAUUUGUUACUGCGGCUGUUAUCCGUAAGCUGGCAGCACUAUGCAAGAAGUUUUUUUCUUUUGCAAAUUUUUGCUGGUUGUGCGUCGUGCUCCAGCGUCCGUAGUGGUUGUAGAGUGGUAGAGUAGCAGGUGUUUCGUUGAGUAAACUCGGCUGUGCGCGCGAUGUUUACUACGCGUAAUACGGCGGAAACCUUUUGAGCGACUUCUGUAACAUUUCUUCUCGUCAGAUGUCUGUCGCCGGGAACCAAGUAGCUGUAGGUAUGCCACUGUUCAAGAAGUCCAAGGAGUCCGACGAUCAUCGAACCAAGUUGCAGAGAAAACUGUAUAUCGCCCAGGAAAGUCCGGACAACACUUUCGAUUUAUCGGAGUGCGCACUCAGUGACGUGCCGUCCGGUGUGUUUUCCAAGUGCCGUGUGUUUCGCAAGACGACCUUGAUACUGCGAAACAACAAACUGACUUCAAUUAGUGGAGGAGGUUCAUUAAAGGACCUUUGUGACAUCACAGUGCUAGACUUGGAAAGCAACCUCUUGGCGAAAUUACCCGACGAGUUCGGUUUCCUUCGCAGCUUGGUUGCGCUCAAUCUAAAGGGCAACGCCCUGAAGAAAUUACCUGGAAGCUUUGCAAACUUGACGAGUUUGCAGUCGUUGAACCUUCGGAACAACAAGUUAAAAGAUUUUCCGCUACCAAUUCUCCGACUGCGAAAACUUCAGCACUUAGAUAUAGCGCAAAAUGCCAUCACGAGACUGCCAAACAACUUCUUCGAACUGCGGUCGCUGCGUUCGUUCGUCUUGGACAGCUGCAACUUCAUCUUUCCCGACGCCGAGGUUUGCGGGCAGCCACUCGAAUCUCUCAUGCUGCACUUGUGCAAUCUUGCAGGCGUCGAAUAUGUCCCGCCGCUUGACGAACCCGACACGAACGACUGCAUAGGCGACGCCGCAGCAACCACAGCGUUCAUUGGGUUUGACCUGGAAGACCAGUACAAGCAGUUUGAAGAGCGGAGAGAGAGGCGCCACCAAGAGCUGUUACAAAUGGAAGAGGAGCUACGGGACAGCGCAAUGAAUCAUGCAGUAGUCUCGGAAGUCACGAGAAAACGCAAACAAGAGCUGCUGCUUGAAAUAGCACGGGAACAGGACACAUUGGAAGACGCCAUUCUAGAUGUACAAAGCAGGAAAGAUUUGGAAAAGCAAAAGCUUGUAUCGCUACUGCUGCACUUGGAACACCACUCGGCUGAGCUUAUUCACCAAAUCUCCAAUGAUAUGAAGUUGAAGAAUUCUGAAGUGCUGGCACGUACUUUGGAACAGGAACAACUGGAAAUGAAGGAACUCUUCGAUAUACAACAGCAAGAAAUGGACGCUUCUCGACGCAAGGAGGUCCUGCGUUCAAUGGCUGAAAUGCUCCACCAGGAAGAACAGCAACGUCUCUAUAGACAAGCCAAAGACAGCAUUGUUAAAGGAAUCCAGGAAGAGGACGCAGCUUGUGAUGAGUUGCUGAGAGGUGCUAUAUUCUCUAAAACGAAGCAGCAGGAUGAAACCAUUUGUCGCAUUAUCGAUGAAGAGAGAUAUCAAAUGGAGGCCUUCAAAGCACUUCAGUUGAGGAAUGAUUACAUGCAUUGUCACCUAAUGCAGCAAAUUACGCUGAUUGAGAAAGAGUUAAAGAGAUUAACAGAUGUUGAGUUGAAGAAACGGGAUUUCAAAGUUAUGGCUGACCUUGACAUCCUUUCAAAGCAUCGUGUUGAACUAGCAUUUCUUCUGUCACAGUUGCUUGAUGAAAAAUCUGUACGGGAGAAGCAAUUGCAAGAUCAACUAAAGGCAAUAGAAGCUCACAGAAGGCAAGAAAUUAAUGAUUUUUGGUUGAUACAAUACCAGAAGCUCCUCGACAGGAAACCACAGGACAUAUGUUACUUGGAUGAGCAGCUGGACUCACGCAUUCGUGACAUCCUGCUUUUGGCGAAUGCGUCGCACUAUGCUACGCUUUUUGCGAGCAAGAAUGUUGACUGGGAGCACUUUGUCCAGUUGGAGUGGAAAGACUUCAGGAGUUUGGGAAUUAACUCUGACACUGUUAUACAGAUGCUGUUGUCCACAAAGGAUCAGUAUCUUGAUGAAAACCCAGCUGCAAAACCAAGUGCACCUUCACCAGAACAAUCGCCACUUGAUGAAAAAGCUGCUGCUGAUGCCUGUUCUUCAACAUUGCAAGUGCGUGACCUAAGGCUUUGGUGUAGCUCAGAGUGUGUCAUUUGCUUUGAGGCGACAAGGCUGCUCGUAUUUGUGCCAUGUGGCCACGUCUGCUGUUGCGAACAGUGCAGCGUGGGGGUGAACCAGUGUCCUCUGUGCAGAGCGGACGUCGAGGGCAAAUUGUCAGCUGCAUAACUGGCUGCGUGCAAAUGUGUAUGUGUUCUCCUUCUUUAUUAUUAUUUUUUUUUCAUAUCACUGCUAAGCCUAGUCUUUUCUUAAAGCAUGAGGUUGUGCAACUUUUUUGACAGCAGUAUUGUUAUGAUGAUUACACUUAUGAUGUAUUUGCUCUUGGACUACCUCGCAUUGUCGGAACAAUUGCACGUGUUACGUCUGGCGUGCUUUACCCCGUUUAUUGACAAAGGAAAAUGUGCUUUUAUAUUUCUGCAUACCUGACAAAACUGGGCUGCAAUUUUGUGUUGAUGCCGUUUCCGAUGCUAAUGCUUUUCGGUGCUUUUUGCGUUCGUGAGUGGGGCGGAGCACAAACCCAGCCACUCACGAAUUCGAAAUGUGCCGAAAGGCAUAUUAGCAUCAGAAAAGGCAUCGCUUAAAAAAAUCUCAGCCCCCGUAUUGAUCACUUGAAUGUGCUGUGUGAGCAUGCACAGUCGACUCAUGUUUAGUCAAACUCCUUAGAACCACAAGUCUUGCAAAACAAUGCAUAAACAAUGUACAAAGGUGAGUGACCGGCUAUUGCUAGGUUGGACGGCGUAGAGGAGAGAGCAUUGCUCUAUAUGCAUAUUCAGUUAUAUCGGAGCUUGUACCGGGUGACUGAAUUGGUGGCAUUGUCUGUAGUCACACCUGACAACAUGCCGAGCAGCUUUAAGAUCAAAUUUAGGUGCGCUUUGACCAUGCAUAUCUUAGGACACCCUCUGAUUAGCCAUUCCUCAUCAUAUUGCCCUUCGCUGAUAAGCCGAACUGUUUGAACUGCCUAUAAACGUUCAUCAAAUUACACGGAUUUUAGGUGCACUGAAGUGAUAGUAGAUCAACUGAAAUAUUGAGAUUUGUUCUAAUCAACUGAAUUGCCAGAGUUUCAAUAACCUCGAGCCAGCUGUGCAUGCUCACACCUUUGGCAUUGUUUUAAAAGGCCUAGUCAUGUUCCAGCAUUUUAUUGACACUACAAAUAUGCAUUAAACAAUGCUUGUUGUGCUAACGCUUUCAAAAGAGGAAAGAAAGCAGCUUUUUCAGCGUGGCGAGUGUGCUGACUUGCCACUAUGCUGCCAAUUUAUGCAGUUUUGGCUUCAGCAUUGCAUGGUGUGAUUAGAAAUGAACAAAACUGUGAUGCCUAAGUGCCACUCCUGUCACACAACUGCUUUAAUUGCUCAUUGAAGCCACUUUUCACUGAGAUUUUGAACUUGACUAAUAUGACACUGCUGCAUAAUCUGCUGGAUGGAUGGCUGUUAUGAAUGUCUACUUUGUAAUGGUGUGAUGGCAUAUUCCACCAAACUUGAUCUUUUUACCAUUUUGCUACACCUUGUCAAUACCCUUAAGAUUGACUGUUCAUGGUAAAGGGCCAUAAAGUUAUCAAGUACAUCUACUUGAAUAUUUGAUGAGAGGGCCAAGUUAUCAGGUGUACAAUGAGCAGUGUAACGUGUGCCCAGACUAGUAGCUUGUAGAUUAUGACUGCACCUUUGGCCACAAGGAAAAGGCCACUGUAAAAGCACUAUUCUAGAAAACAGCAUUGCCAUUUUAUGCUUUCUCAUAGAAAUGAACUUUGCAUGCACUCAAUUUAUAUGCCACUGCUACUGUAUCUCAUUAGGGGAGUGCUCAACAUAAUCUGCAUUGCAUUGGCUGUAUGUACAUACUGCAGUUGAAGUGUACCCUGAAAAGUUCAAGCGGUUUGAUGACUUGGGUAGCACGACUUUGAAAACAGCUACUGUCAGCUCUCAGCCCUACAGGACGAUGCUGGCCAUCUUUGAUGGUUUUUCUGCUAUACAAAUUUUGUAGUACCCUGACUGUUGUCACUGCUUAAAGGGGCCCUGAAACAUAACCUCUUUGAAACAUGAGCGACAUGCUGCAAUGAGUGUGACGCCUUUCAAGAAAUAUGCCAGUCCUGAAAAGGAAGUUUUUGAAAAGGACCUAACAUGAAAGAAGAUACAAAGAGUGCACUGUCUAUGUACUUUCCCGAUUACCCAGCAAGUAAUCAGUUCCUCUCAGCUGGAGAGGUGUGGUGCCAGUAGCCAUUAUAUCCCCAUCACUCCUUCCUUUUCAUUCUUUUUGCCUUUGCGCACUUAUGGUAACCUUUUGAGGUCCGAGUCUGACAUAGGUACCUGAGAGGAGGACAAAGGAGUGACGACAGGAUUAGCGGGAUGGGUUGACAACUGCCUCUUCCUGUUUCCUGAACAGUCUGGAGAUAUAUAAAUGCAUACACAAGCAUUCACACAAGAUAAGAAGUAAUUUGUCAUCGAGAACAAUCACCCAAUGGCUGGAAUCAAUAGGCUGCUGCCACGUUAUGGCUGCUGGCUAGAAUUAGAAAAACAACAAAGAGGAAGUCUGCCCAAUGACCCACCAUGGCCACUGUAGCAUCAUUGCUGACACUGCAUAGGAUAAAAAAAAAGUGGAUGGUUCAAAAGCUGCAUGAGAGAGCAAGCAAUUUAUUAACCUAGCCUGUAGGUUCCCUGCUGCAUACAGUGGAAUAAAAUUUGGCUCAAGUGCUCAUGGCAGCAUUGUCUCCAGGGUGGCAACAUUUUUUUACUGCGCUCAAAAAGUGUUUCAGGGACCCCUUAGUCCCCACCCCAGGCACUUGAAACAGCUUAGGUGGGGUGGUUUGGGGCAUCUUCAACCUCCUAACCCUCCACCUGGUAGUGGCUCAGAAUCACGGCACUUAUUUUCUAGUUUCAGAUCUGAUCAUUGCAGAAGAGUUUGUAUUUAUAGUCUGGUUGGUCCAUGACUUCGACCCUAAAAUAGCCCCCAAGACACAUUGUGGGUAGAUAGCCUAUGGGGUUGCUACCAGGUUUCAUGAAUCAGGCGGUGUAUCAACCAACAGAGGCCAGCCACGCAUAGCAGGCAGAGCUAUUUGCUUCAUAAAGUUCACCGAAGCCAAUGUAUAGUUUCAAUGGCACUGCAGUUGGCAAACUAAUUCAAUUUCAGUUACAAAGUCUUGAUGACAUAAACCUGGCAUUUGUAAAUUUUCUAUUGUUAAAAUUUCUGCCUAAUUAAAUUAUGGGAAAGGGUCCUGGCAUGUUUUCAUGCAUUUCUACACUGGAAGAAGCCUGUUAAUUCUACGUUUAAUCCAGACAGAGUUCUGAAUCUGACAGAGUUAUAGAAUCUGACAGAGUUCUAGCUUGUCCAUACACGGUACGGUGUUGAGCAUGGUGCCCAUGGUCGAAGGCUCCCAAAAACACACAGUGGCACCAACAUAUGAAAAAUUGGUUUCAUUAAUACCAGUGAUUAGAAUGGUGCUUAGUAGUCCAAUCUUUCUUAUGUCGGCACUGCCGUGCAGUCAUGGGGUCCCUUCAAUCACAUGCACCGUGUUGCAGCUCAUAUUGCAUGCGACUGUACAUUGCCUUAUGAUGCAGUUCUGCGUCAUAUAGAACUGCAGGAAGCAUAGUAGUCAUUUGGACAAGUUGUAAAUUGCCAGCCAUUACUUGAGUGCACCAGUGAGGAAGUAAGGAAAAAAGCACAUGAAAUAUCGGGCACCAUGAGAGAAGGGUGAAUUAGUUGGUAUUUGUUCAUUUCUUUUUUUUUUUUUAACAGCACAAAGGACGAGGACUACAGGGGAGGUAUUCUGCAAGAGUUCACCUAGUGGGCAUGUCCAUUUCGUCUGCUGUUCUGAUUGGCUGGGCUGGGCUGCGUGUCUGCAGGAACCAGGCGCCACAGCCAAUUGACACUUCACAAAAUGGACAUGCCCGCUAUGUGGACUCUUACACAGUACCUCCCCUGGUGGCACAGAUGUGACAGAACCACACACUGUCUAGCAGCUUUGUCACCUCUAGUAUUCUGCACAGUGGAAAUAAUAGCACUGUCUUCCGGUGACUACAUAUUUACUUUUUAAGUUACUUUUGUAACUUCUUAGAAGUUGUACUUGUGUGAGGGGUUGAAAUUUUAUUUGCGCAUGUUCCGUUACAAGUCUAAGUUUGCACGUAAAGACAGCAAAGUGUUUUAUUAAUUUGUAUGCUUGUACUGUACAUGCCCUUUGGUGUACUUCAUAUCUUCUAUAACAUACGAGAUGAUCUCAUUUCUGCAAGGUCACCUGUACAGGAUCCAUUUUCUAAUGCAAGUCCCUGACUGUGUGAAGCAUUGUUUCGAGUUAAUAGUGCAGCAAAGCGAAUAUUUCAAAGCCACACUUAAUUUGGCUUUCUGAUAACCUGAACCAAUUCUAGAUGUCUAGCAAAGGCUGCCCUAAUUCUGAAUGGCUCUACGAGCUUUGAAACUGCUUGUGUGACAAUGGUGUAGACUAUAUGUAUUUGUGACUCUUGAGUGCCUGAAACGAACCCAUAGUCCAACUUUCAUAUGUAGAUUGUUUCGUCUAGAUGCAGUCUGUCACAUGGCACCACUUUGUUCCCAUUUAUCAUUGAGUCACGAUGGUCUUUAGUGGCAGCGUAAAAGGUGCCAUGUAGAACAAACCAGAACAAACAAACUACUGAAUGGUAUAUAGCCCACUUCGUGAAACAUGCAUAAAAAUGUUUCGAAGCCACUUUGUAGAGGACAGGAAUCGUCACCGAGACCUGUGUCAGAGAUCCAAAGCUUGAGAGAAUGAGGGGCACCAUUUCUCUUUCAUCUGCUGACUGGCGAAGCUUCCGCAGAAGCCCUGCUACAUGGACGUGACAACCAGUAUUGGCAAUGCAGAAAAUGACCUUGAAACUCCUGAUGAAGACUAACAAGUUGGGGAUACCUACAGUCGGUGUGAUUACAUUUGGCCUAUCUGCCAUUAAAGAGCACAUUUUAAUUCUGUGAUGUCAGUUAUGUUAUUACGAGUUAUCUGUUGAUACUGUUUCUUGGGUGUGUACACUUCCUGUUAUUGACGCAGGAGGUAGUUUGUUUAAUUGCUUUAUUGCAUUAUGUUUAAUGUCAGGUUUUCUAAGACUAGCGAAAAUGGUUGUAACAAAGCAAUUUCUUGAAAAACCACAGAAAAGUUUUUUUUUUUUGCUACACAUUUAAUGGUACUACUGUAUGUGCUGCCAUCAUUGAUAGUGAUGUGACAUGUACAUAGGAGGAAACAUGAAAACGAAAGAAUUUCCGCAGUGAUUGCGUGCCUGUUUGUAUUACUUGACCCUUGUCCUGGCUAUGUUUUGGCAAAGGCAUACGAGUUGGCCUGGCAGAGCUGCAGGUGUGACAGAUAGUAUUGCAAAUGCAAAUGCACACUCGAAGGGUACACAGUGCACUCUACUUAUCACAAUACCAUGUAUAAUGCUACAUCGGCUAUAAUUAUUACAAAUAACUUGCACCGAUGCGUGAGAUUUAUACUAUUGACUUUGUUGGUUCUGCACAAAAUUAAGGCAUAUGCAGCGAUGAAAUUAUCGCAUGUCCGGCAUGGAUAUGACAUUCAAACAUUCGUAAAGGUGGUUCCUGCAAUAGUGCUGCGGGAGAAACAAAAUAACCAAACACUAUGAAGCGUAGUUCAACUGAAGUGUUUGCAGAUGGACUGCUAAGUGCUCUGCACUAUCUGGACUGACAUGAUGCAGUCUGUGCAGCUUUCAUCGCCUAAUUAUGUGCAGUGAGUGACUGUUAGAUGCAUGGUGCCAAGCUACAGUUCUUGCAGAAGCAAGAUGUGGUUUUAAACAGCCUCAUAGUGCUAAAUACUCAAUGUAACAGUUUGUUUCAUUGAAAGAAAUAUAAUUGUUGGCUAGUUGUGGAACAAGAAAUUUUUUUUUUGCUAUUCAUUGUUUACGAUAUGAUUCGUUCAGCGCUAAAGCGUAGGUUCACGCAUAUAGUCGAAGAGCUGCACCAUGUAAAAAUGCGCACUAUCUGAUGCGGCACCAUGUUGAGACUGCUUAAGAAUAUGAACAAUCUGCCCUGGCACAUGUAGCACUGUUCCUAAGUAGUAAAGUUCAUUUCCAACAUAGUGACAACCAUCUGCAACACUCAAGUUCUCUUGCUGUGUGGGCACUGCUUGAGUAGAUUGCGCUGUAGAUUUUUUUGAAGCCUGCUACUUAUUAUGCACCAACUUUUUGUUGACUGAGCAGUGGUUGCAUGCACAACUGAAAUGCAGGUGUGUGCAACAGUUCUCGUACUUGCUUGUGUUUGACUGACUGCGAAAGUUCAGAAUGUGCAAGAGCUUGCUGCAAUUUUGUACUGCAGACACUUAUGAUUAUACGUCAUGCCGAGAUUGAAAAUCCUGAAUUUCCUUGCUUACUGUGAGCCAGCAUGUUGACAUAGUCGCUCCCAAGAUGGUGCUUGCAACCGUUGCCUUAAAAAAUUUACUGAACAAAGCUAUGUGAACAAGCUGAUUACUUGAAGCAUGUUGGUUAGAUACAUAGAGCACCAGAUUGCAAUAAUUUGAUUAUGCUACGCACAGCGUUGCUUUGCAAUUUUGCAUGGCUUUCCUAAUAAUGCAACAAGUCUUCUUGAACAUGUUACAUUUGUAUACAGCUUUCAAUACCUCUCUGCAAGUUGUGAAUUUUCAGCAAUGUUUACAAAUUAUAUUGUUGAUGCAAUGCUCAUGUGUUUCAAUAAAACUGAGAAUAUACAAA